AUGUCCAAAUAUCGGUCACCAAAGACUAAAAAGUCUAUUCAAGCCACGUUACAGUUUAAAUCGACCCCAACUCUGGUAAAAUGUCCGAAGUGUUCGAUAACUUAUAGCACUAAUUCUCCUAGUGAUCUGGUGCAGCACAAAAGAUAUCAUGACUUACAUUUAAAUGGGAAAAGGUGGUCUCAGAGUUGGGGCGACAUCAUUAAUAGAGUAGAGGCUCUUAAAACAGAGAAACAACUGAAAUAUUCAAUGGUGUCUGAAAAGGAUAAAAAAGUGAUGUCCUUUCAACUCCCGUCCCAAACCUUAUAUGAAGAAGAUGAGUACAUUGUCAUGAUUUCUCCAAAGAAAGCUAACGAAGUGAAGGCUGCACUCGACUUGAUGUCAAUUGUAAAUGAAGAAUUAAAUGCACCUCAUGAUGAGAAUGCUUUUUGGUCUGAGGUGGAUAAGUCCGGCAAAUCACAAGGUAAAGCGUUUAUCUACGUAAAGAAGAAUAGAGCUGUUGGAGUUAUUACAAUCGAGUACAUCGAGAAUACCAACCGAGGUAAAUGGAUGGUAUUGGACACCAAAGCCAUAGUACCGAAUGUAGUACCGGACGUCAAACUGGGAAUAUCGAGAAUAUGGGUAUGUAGAAAUCAAAGGCAACAUGGCAUUGCUACAAGACUACUAGAGGUCGCAAGGAAGAAAUCAAUAUACGGAUGUAUUGUCAAUAAAUGGGAACUGGCAUGGUCACAACCAAGCCAAAGCGGUAGCAUAUUGGCUAAAAGCUAUAAUGCUGCAAAACAUCGCUCAGGAAAACUUUUAAUACCGUGUUACAUAUGA